GGAACCCAUAUCCGGACGACCCAUCCAAAGUUCAAGCUCGCUCCUAGGAGGUAUGGACCCUUCAAAAUAUUGACGAAAGUAGGAACCCUGGCAUACAGACUUCAAAUUCCCCAACACUGGAGGAUCCACCCGGUGUUCCACGCCACAACGCUAACCAAGUAUAGGGAAACCGAGGCACACGGAGAAAACUUCGCAAGACCAUUGCCGGAGGUAUUAAAUGAUGAAGAACAUUAUGAAGUAGAAAUGAUCGUGGACUCAAAGAAACAAGGACGGGGAACCAAAUAUUUGGUCAAGUGGAUGGGAUAUCCCGAGGCAGACAACACCUGGGAA